AUGAGGAAGCUUUGUCCAAAUAUUGAUAAAGAAGAUGGCCUUGAGACUGUUCUUGAGGUCCCUAUACCAGAAGAGAUGUUCACAAGCAUGGGAAGCAAUGUGCAGUUGCGAUUGCAAAACAUGAUGGCAUGGAUGAAGGCUCAAACCUCCGACAAAUGGUCGGCGCCAGUCAUCGCGGGACGGUUGAAUGAGCUACGGUUCUUGCUUUACCUUGUAGGCUCUCCUCUUAUCCCUCUUCAAGUUCAGUUGGGUCAUUCCAUCCACCGUCCAGUUAGAGAUUCUUCCAUUCAAGCUUCAACAGCCAAAUACAUAGUGCAACAGUACACCGCUGCAACGGGAGGCCAAGCAGCAUUGAACUCGGUGAACAGCAUGUGUGUGACAGGCGAGGUUAAGAUCAGUGCGUCGGAUUUUCAACAAGGGGACGUGAGCCUGGAGGUGAAAAGGAGCUCGGCCGAGAGCGGCGGCUUCUUGCUGUGGCAAAAGAACCCGGACUUAUGGUGCUUAGAGCUUGUUGUUUCUGGCUGCAAGGUCAUCUGUGGAAGCAAUGGCAAGCUUUCAUGGCGGCAUUCCUCUAACCAACAAACACCCAUCUCUCAAGGCCCCCCUAGACCCUUGCGCCGUUUUCUUCAGGGUUUGGACCCAAGGGCCACGGCCAAUUUAUUCGCGGAUGCAAUGUGCAUCGGCGAAAAGAUCAUCAACGACGACGACUGCUUCAUCCUCAAGCUGGACACAAGCCCAGCAAUUCGAGAGGCACAGAGCGGCCCAAACUACGAGAUAAUCCACCACACAAUAUGGGGAUACUUCAGCCAGCGCUCGGGGCUCCUCGUACAAUUCGAAGACUCGAGGCUGCUGAGGAUGACCAACAAAGCGGACGACACAGAUGUGUUCUGGGAGACGAGCGCUGAGUCUGUGAUACAAGAUUACAAGUACGUUGACUCCGUCAACAUUGCUCACAGUGGGAGAACUAGGGUCAAGGUUUUCAGAUAUGGCGAGCGGUCUGCAAACCACAAGAGGGAGAUGGAGGAGACGUGGAAGAUCGAAGAGGUGGAUUUUAAUAUUUGGGGUUUGACCAUGGAGAGCUUUUUGCCUCCUGCUGACAUAAAGAAGCAAGGGUGAGAUGAUAAAUUUUCUUCUUCUUUUUUUGUUUUGAAAUUAAAGAGAUAGCUAAAAGAAAACUUGUGUAAAUACUAGUGAGUGAAAAGCAAUAUAUGUAUGGCAAAAUGAUGAAAAGGUUUUGUAACAACAGUUUUGUUUGAGCUGCUUAAUUAAAUUGAAUUUUCUGUUAAUUUGUAUACAUUGUUUGCUGGGAGAGAGUAGAUCAUACAGCUAGCUUCUGAUCGAGGAAGUUGAUACCUAUAGCAUGUAUAUGAUUUCUUAAAGUUGGAAAAGAAGUUGAGUAUCUUGUUGUC